GAGGAAGCCCGCGCCUCAGUGACGUUCAUUCCCCAUCAGGGAUCUUUGUUUUGCAUCGCUUCCCAAUUUGCAUUUGUUUCUCAGGUUUUCCAUACGACGCUCCAGCCGCCGAGAGCGCAAAUAAGGCGCAUUCCUCCGCGAGCGGCCAUUCGCAUCUCCAGCAUUCCCGACGUUGGGAAAUUUGGAGUAAUUCGAGCUGAACGCAGGAAAUCACAUGCAUUCGCCCCGCGUCCUCGACACCCACUCGCGGAGACACGUGCGAUAGAGGUAAACAGCCGAGAGAUUCGCUCCACAAAAUUCGCCUCGCGCUAUCGAUUCAACCGCAGAUCAAGUAGCCGCUGUCAGUUCAUACAGCAUGUCGGAUGUAUUACCGUAUAACGAGGACAAAAUGACUCAUUAUGGCAACGACGGGGACGAGGAACACCUUUCCUUCACCUGCCGCCUCCAAGACACCAACAACUUUUUCGGUGACAACCAGAAUAAACGACCACCAAAGCUCGGGCAGAUCGGGAGAAGCAAAAGAGUCAUUGAAGAAGACAACGAUGGCCAAGCACUGGACAAGAGCACAGAGAAGUCCUCGUCGGCGUGAACGGACCCAAAGACUCUUAACCUCUCUGAUGUGUAUAUCCAAAGACGUUGUGAAGAGGCACUCUGGAGACAAGCACUCCACACAUUCUCCUCUCGAUCUCCCAAACUCCAUUGUCCAGGGUUUACAGCGGGGCUGACUGAACCAGCGGCCCAGGGGCUUGAAGGAAUACUGUGUUUUCCAAACUAUACUCCGAGAUAUGUGUGCAAUGACAGGGUUUGGUCUCAUUAAAGAGACGGACUCUAUUUUUGUUGUUGGUUCUAAUGAAGCAAUUCCAUAGACUGAGCUGAGCAAACAAUACCAUUAACAUCAAACCAGUAUCUUCCCGCUUAACCCAGUAGCCUACUGGUGGUGUUAAUGGUGUAUACUAGCAAUGUCGACUUUUUCUUCCAGAGUGGACCUCCAAAGAGGUUCCACUGUGUAUGUAAAAAACAAAACAAAAGGCUAUUUAUUAAAUCUUUGGAUACAUAUUUUGCAGUGUUGACGGUUGAGCAACCGUUGUAUAUGGAACGAUGACGAGAAGUGACUUUUGCUUUCGAUCAAUGUUUUGUAUGUAGCUUAACCGUGAUUCUCGUGACCUGCUUCGUUUCAUUUCAUUCAUCCGAUGUUCGGUUCGAUCUGGAACGUCAGUUUACGGACAGUAACCUUCUUAUCGUAAAGCAUAUUAACUGUAGAUGUGCCAAAUUGAUCCUGACAAGAAACGUAUCUUUCUGUGCUUUCUUCACGUGCACAGGUUUAUUACUAUUAGGUGGUCAUGUUUACAGGGCUCUUUCAUACUACUUGUGAUGUAUUCUAGUUAUGCAUGACGAACCUCAAGACCUCAAGAACGUCUUCUUGAAUAUAUUACGUAUUUAUCUCACAGAACA